UUUAUUUAAUAGCCAACUGUGAAUAAAUCAUUACAACUUGGGAUCUGAAAUCAAUUGAAGUCUAUUUACUUCCACUUCUACAAGCUUCGAAUUGAAUCUCUGCUCCUGUUCUUCUUAUGGCCGACUCAAACGAGCCUCAACCCUGUGAACAAGUCUGUAAUUUCUUUCGAAAACCAUCAAAGAACAAGAAUAUCAGAAAGCGAAAACUCAAUGAUGAAAACGAAGAAGAAGAGGAUUCAAAAACUGAGACCUCGCUGUUUGUCAAUAAGAAAAAGCCCCCAAAACCUGACAAUAAGCUACACUUCUCUACCGGACCCUCCAAGCGCACAGUUUCAUCUGAAUCAGGCAUAGACUCCAAUGCCUCAAUGUUUCAAUUCGAGUCCUCGAAGGAAAUUCGAGUUCAAGAUGAUAGUAGGGCAACAGCAACCCUUGAAACUGAGACUGAUUUUUCGAGAGAUGCUCGAGCAAUCCGUGAGAGGGUUCUCAAGAAAGCAGAGGAUGCUUUGAAGGGGAAUGGGAAGGAAAAAAGCUCUGGCGAUGAAAAGCUGUACAAAGGAAUUCAUGGGUAUACUGACUACAAGGCUGGGUUCCGAAGAGAGCAAACAGUUGCGGCAGAGAAAGCCGGUGGGGCGCAUGGGCCUCUUAGGGCUUCUGCUCACAUAAGAGUGUCAGCAAGGUUUGAUUACCAGCCAGACAUUUGUAAGGAUUACAAAGAGACCGGUUAUUGUGGGUAUGGAGAUUCGUGUAAAUUUAUGCAUGACCGGGGUGAUUAUAAGUCGGGGUGGCAGAUGGAGAAGGAGUGGGAGGAAGCUGAGAAGGCAAGGAAAAGGAAUUUGGCUAUGGGUAUGGAUGACAGGGAUGAAGGAGCAGCAGACCAGAGUGAUGAAGAUGAUGAUGGUUCAUUGCCCUUUGCAUGUUUUAUUUGUAGGCAGCCUUUUCAAGACCCUGUUGUAACCAAGUGCAGGCACUACUUCUGUGAGCAUUGUGCAUUAAAGCAUCAUUCAAAGAAUAAAAAGUGCUUUGUUUGCAACCAGCCUACCCUUGGCAUAUUCAACACUGCUCAUGAGAUACGAAAGAAGAUGGCUGCUGAGGGAAAAUAGUAAUGUUUGGUCGGUGCCAUGCUUUGUAAUUGCAUAUACUCGAGAAAUAUCUUCUUGACGUUGUAAAUUUACCUUUUAUCGAAUUAUUGUCGAUCCAUUAGUCUCAUAAUCUACACGAAUUGUAUGAAUCAUACAUUAUGCCAAAGUGGUUUAAUUUUUACAA